CAUACCGUUUGAUUUGAAUUUGUUCGUUAGGUGACACGGCGAAACACGAGGACUGUAUCUCUGGUCAAAUCGUGGAAAGAAAUUUUAAAGAUUAUAUUACUAAAUCGGUAUCCUCAUUCUUUCAGUCACACACAAUGGACAAUUUCAUAAAAAUAGAAAAAAUCGGAGAAGGUACUUAUGGAGUAGUAUACAAAGGAAAACACAAAAGGACUGGAGAAAUUGUAGCCAUGAAAAAGAUACGUUUGGAAAACGAUGAUGAGGGAAUACCGUCAACCGCUAUUAGAGAAAUUUCAUUGCUCAAAGAAUUAACUCAUCCCAACAUAGUGAGCUUGAUUGAUGUAUUAAUGGAAGAAUCAAAACUGUAUCUUAUUUUCGAGUAUCUCACUAUGGACCUAAAAAAAUACAUGGAUAGUUUAGAGAAUAAAGUGAUGGAAUCAGCUGUAGUUAAAUCAUACUUGUAUCAGAUCACACGUGCAAUUUUGUUCUGUCACAAGCGAAGAAUAUUACAUCGCGAUUUAAAACCACAGAAUUUGUUAAUUGAUAAAACUGGAACUAUCAAAGUAGCGGAUUUCGGACUUGGAAGGGCAUUCGGAAUUCCAGUGAGAAUAUAUACACACGAAGUUGUAACUCUGUGGUACAGGGCGCCUGAGAUUCUCCUCGGUGCUACUAGAUACUCGUGUGCGAUUGAUAUGUGGAGUAUUGGAUGUAUUUUUGCAGAAAUGGCAACUAGUAAACCAUUGUUCCAAGGAGACAGCGAAAUUGAUCAACUUUUCAGGAUAUUCCGAAUAUUAAGAACGCCUACGGAAGAUAUAUGGCCAGGCGUAACGCAACUGCCAGAUUACAAAACGACUUUCCCAAAUUGGAUGAUGAAUAACUUGGACUUACAAAUGAACAAGACAUUGGAUUCGGAUGGAUUGAAUCUAUUGGAAACUAUGCUCACGUACGAUCCUGUAUAUAGAAUAUCCGCACGAGCAGCAUUGCAACAUCCCUAUUUUAAUGAUUUAGAUACAUGUAAAAUACCCGCUGUGUAA